AUGGCUUUGGCACGCUGCGACGCUUCGAGAAAAAUAUUUUUUGAAUACAAAACUCUGUCAUCCAUUGCAUUGGUGCGAGGCCAAGAGGGGGCCGAGGGGUUACAAGGGGUAGUUCGGGCGGGCGACAACCAUGCGCAGGCACCCGCCAACACCAACAACAACAAUGCAGCCGCCAAAGGUGCGCAGCAAGUGGCGGCAGCAGCGGACAAGGACAAGGACAAGGACAAGGACAAGGACAAACCAGCCAAGCCCGCGCCCAAGGGAUCUGAACCCCACGAAGCACCCAAGAACAAUGCGCCGCAUGAUGCCAAGCCGGCCCCCGCGAAAGACGUAGUAGCGCAGCAAGACGACAAACCGCGCGCCGCUCCAAAACCCAAUAGUGCCAGCAAAGACCAUGACAAAAAGCCCUCCAAGACCCGCAAGGAAUCCGAGGAUGAUGAUGAAGAGGACGAUGAUGAUGAAGAGGACGAUGAUGCUGAAAACGAGUACGUGAGGCGGGCCAGGGCCGAUAAGGCUGCAGGCAAAAUGCCCGGGCGCGUAAAGAUGGUUGUGCCGCCACGCACCGUCCACACGCCGCUUUUCGAGCUGGACUCCGUGGUCGAGCUGCAAUGGGAGUUUGACAACAAUGUCAUCGAGGUGCCUGAUAAACUCAUGCUCAGCGUGCAACUGCCCAAGGACCCACAUAACCCUGCGGCCAAGCCGGUGUUGUACGAUAUUGCGGUCAAUAUAACCGGCGACAAGAAAAAGUUCUUCUGGGAUACCAAGAAUGAUGUCCCCGAGGGCAUCGGUAUGAGGGAGGGCAACGGGUAUACGCUGUUCAUUUAUGACGCAGAUAUUGGGUUCAGAAUGAGCGAUGUUGUGCCCGCCGGGUACUUGCUCAAGCAUGCAAUGCCGUUUGCGUUUUAUAUUUCGAGAUAUGAGCGCACUAACGAUGGCGUGCCAAAGGGUUAUAACCCCAAUGCUGCUGGUGGUCGUCCGGCACCGGCUCUAGGACUUACUGCAGUGUUGCUCCUGAUUGUCUUUGCAGUAUUGCAUACUUGGAGCGGCUAAAUUGGUUUUUUCUUCUUCAGAAAUAGUGGAUUUCUGAUUCUGGUUUUCCUUUCCUAUUCAUUUCAUUUCCUUUGUUUUAUUUUAUAUAAAAAAUUUUUCUCCACUAUUCAACCUUAUAUUUCUUUCCAGGUUGCAACCCAGCGUGCACUACACAGUUUGCCCUUUUUAAAAUUUAUAAAGGAACAGGAAUAAAAAAGGGAAUACGCUGGG